AUGCUGAGCCUCCUCGUCUGGAUCCUCACUCUCUCCGAUACUUUCUCCCAAGGGACCCAGACCCGCUUCAGCCAGGAGCCAGCCGACCAGACUGUGGUGGCUGGACAGCGGGCCGUGCUCCCCUGCGUCCUACUCAACUACUCGGGGAUCGUGCAGUGGACCAAGGAUGGGCUUGCGCUGGGCAUGGGCCAGGGCCUCAAAGCCUGGCCACGGUACCGCGUCGUGGGCUCUGCGGAGGCCGGGCAGUACAACCUGGAGAUCACAGACGCUGAGCUUUCUGACGAUGCCUCUUACGAGUGCCAGGCCACGGAGGCCGCCCUGCGCUCCCGACGAGCGAAACUCACCGUGCUCAUCCCCCCAGAGGACACCAGGAUUGAUGGCGGUCCUGUGAUCCUGCUGCAGGCAGGCACCCCCCACAACCUCACAUGCCGCGCCUUCAACGCCAAGCCUGCCGCCACCAUCAUCUGGUUCCGGGACGGGACGCAGCAAGAGGGUGCUGUAGCCAGCACGGAACUACUGAAGGAUGGGAAGAGGGAGACCACCAUUAGCCAGCUGCUCAUCAACCCUACAGACCUGGACAUUGGGCGUGUCUUCACCUGCCGCAGUGUGAACGAGGCCAUCCCGAGUGGCAAGGAGACGUCCAUUGAGCUCGAUGUGCACCACCCCCCUACAGUGACCCUGUCUAUCGAGCCCCAGACGGUGCAGGAGGGCGAGCGCGUCGUUUUUACCUGUCAGGCCACGGCCAACCCGGAGAUCCUGGGCUACAGGUGGGCCAAGGGGGGCUUCCUGAUUGAAGAUGCCCAUGAGAGUCGCUAUGAAACAAAUGUCGAUUAUUCCUUCUUCACGGAGCCCGUGUCCUGUGAGGUUCACAACAAAGUGGGGAGCACCAAUGUCAGCACAUUAGUCAAUGUCCACUUUGCCCCUCGGAUUGUAGUUGACCCUAAACCCACGACCACAGACAUUGGCUCUGAUGUGACCCUCACCUGUGUCUGGGUUGGGAAUCCCCCCCUCACCCUGACCUGGACCAAAAAGGACUCAAACAUGGUCCUGAGUAACAGCAACCAGCUGCUGCUGAAGUCGGUGACCCAGGCCGAUGCCGGCACUUACACCUGCCGGGCCAUUGUGCCUCGGAUCGGAGUGGCUGAGCGGGAGGUGCCGCUUUACGUGAACGGGCCCCCCAUCAUCUCCAGCGAGGCUGUGCAGUAUGCCGUCAGGGGCGACGGUGGCAAGGUGGAGUGUUUCAUCGGGAGUACGCCACCCCCAGACCGCAUUGCCUGGGCAUGGAAGGAGAACUUCCUGGAGGUGGGGACCCUGGAACGCUACACGGUGGAGAGGACCAACUCGGGCAGUGGGGUCCUGUCCACGCUCACCAUCAACAACGUUAUGGAGGCCGACUUUCAGACCCACUACAACUGUACCGCCUGGAACAGCUUUGGGCCGGGCACGGCCAUCAUCCAGCUGGAAGAGCGAGAGGUGCUACCGGUGGGCAUCAUCGCCGGGGCCACCAUUGGCGCGGGCAUCCUGCUCAUCUUCUUCUUCAUCGCCUUGGUGUUCUUCCUCUACCGGCGCCGCAAAGGCAGUCGCAAAGACGUGACCCUGAGGAAGCUGGACAUCAAAGUGGAGACCGUGAACCGGGAGCCGCUCACGAUGCAUUCUGACCGGGAGGACGACACUGCCAGCGUCUCCACGGCGACCCGUGUCAUGAAGGCCAUCUACUCGUCCUUCAAGGAUGACGUGGACCUAAAGCAGGAUCUGCGCUGUGACACCAUCGACACGCGGGAGGAGUAUGAGAUGAAGGACCCCACCAAUGGCUACUACAACGUGCGUGCCCACGAAGACCGCCCGUCUUCCAGGGCAGUGCUCUAUGCUGACUACCGUGCCCCCGGCCCUGCCCGCUUCGACGGCCGCCCCUCGUCCCGCCUCUCCCACUCCAGCGGCUACGCCCAGCUCAACACCUACAGCCGGGCCCCGGCCCCCGACUACGGCCCCGAGCCCACGCCCCCUGGUCCUGCUGCCCCCGCUGGCAACGACACCGCCAGCCAGCUGUCCUACGAGAACUAUGAGAAGUUCAAUUCCCACCCCUUCCCCGGGGCAGCCGGGUACCCCACCUACCGACUGGGCUACCCCCAGGCCCCACCGUCCGGCCUGGAGCGGACCCCGUACGAGGCAUACGACCCCAUUGGCAAGUACGCCACCGCCACGCGAUUCUCCUACACCUCCCAGCACUCGGACUACGGCCAGAGAUUCCAGCAGCGCAUGCAGACGCAUGUGUAG